AAGUCAAUAAUAAAUAGCAAUAUUAAUAUCAGAAAUUUGAGCACGUAUGGUAAAGAUAUUCCAAAUAUUAAUUUUUAUAUUAUUAUAAACGAAUCUUGAAAUUCCUCAGAAACACAAGAUGCUUGUAUCAAUUUAAACAUUUUUAGUAAACAUUUUUAGUUAGCCUGUGGUGCUUUGACACUACGUUGACAAAUGACAAGUUGACAUCAUGUAUACUACUCUGUGGUUGACAUAGACAAUACUGACGUACGAUUUCGGUUGUCAUUGUCAGACGUCAGUUACGUCCUGUAAUUUGUAAACAUUAUUUAAAGAACCUUCAAAAUUAAAAAUUAUAUCAUUACCCUUUUUAAAAGAGUGAUAAUUGCAUAGACUAACUACUUAAUAAAGAAGAAACAUAAUAUUAAUGCCUCACAACAAAAGUAACAGAAAAGAAAAGUUAAUACAAGUUUGCAAUAAACAAAUCAGCAACAUAGCCUUUAUCAUAGGCAAAAAGAGUUCUAUUUCUUAUGUGCCCUCUUGGCUCGCGGGGCCAGUGGAAAUUUAGAACUUCCUGAAGCAACAGAGGGAACAGCAGCAGAAGUUAUUGGCGCUGGGCCUGUCACCAUUGGAGCUGCAAUAUCAUCCAGAUCUGCAAUCGAACGCAGAUGGCGCCGGGACCCAUCUUGGUGUAUUGCGAAGACAUUCCCAUCCCUUGUCCAGCAUUUGUUGACUCCGAGCCGCUGACGAGCUGCCAUGAAAAGAUCGUGUCGCUCCUUAGUGAGGAACUCAGACAACGUAAUGCCUGAGUUCCUUAAAGCUGUUUUGGCAUACCACAGAUUGUUCCUGAGUGACAGAUCAUGAAACUUGAUUAGAAUGGCUCUGGGUUUGCCAUCCUUAGGACGGCCCAAACGAUGGCAGCGACUUACACACUCUUGAUUGAUUGGCAUCUUUAAAUGAUCAGAGAGCGUCUUAACAGUGACAGAGUCCAACUUCUCGUCUUUCACCUCGGAUAUGCCAUGGACCAACAGAAUUUUGCGCCGGCUUCUCAUUUCCAAAUCAUCCAAGGAUCUAUGAAGGAGCUGCAUUUGCAGUUGAAGGCCUUCGAGCGCUGUCAAAAAUGUAUUUAAAAAUUCGCAAGUUGAAUGUACAGUCUAAGCUGAUCAAAUCGGUAAGGUCGUACUGUCUGGAUUAUAUUAAAUAAGUAUAAUGUUAUACAAUACAUGAAAGGAAAGUAUAAACAAAAACCUGUAAUGCGUUACACAUGGAAUUAUUUGGUUUUCACCGAAAAUGGGCAUACCAAAUUAUAUACAUAAAAAUAAUAAAUGAUGUGGUCUCUCAAUUUUUCAGCACGAUUUGUUACAAUUGUCACACGCAGUACGUAGUAUCGUUAAUAUAUGGGUGUACGUAUAUAAAUUCAUACGUGACUAUGUAGUGAAUUAAUUAUGUCAGAAAACCAUGCAAAAGUGCUAGACGACCAUCUAGUUUUUUAUGCUAUACUUACUAUCUUGUAAACGUCAACCUAUGUUCUUUUUUGUUCUCCUCUAUGUGAUGUCGUACCUAAUAUUGAUUUCAAAAAGUUUGAUUGGUUGAUAAGUUAAACUGCUGUUAAGGCAAAAUAAACAAACUCAAGUUCACUUUUAUAAUAUUACAUAGAAAAUUAUGACCAGAAACAAGCAAUUAGUUAAACCGUUUUUUAGACACUUGAUUCGACUCACUUAUUCACUUUUUAUUAGACAGUAAUAAAUAAUAUGAUAAAUAAACCCAAACAUAUAAAACUUGCAGAGUUCGCACGUGUAAUUUUCCCAAUUGAAACUAGAUUUCACGUUUAAAUAUAGGUAAGUAGGUACAAACAAUACCCUGAAACUAAUAAUAAUAGGCCCGUUUCCCCGGCAUUUGUCACUCCAUUUCGUCCCAAAACUUUCAACGUUUGAACAGCAACGGAUUCGAGGCACGGCUUUAGUCUGAAUAGAUACUAAUUCCUCUAUAUAUCAAAUAAGAUAAUAGUUCACGCAACUCGGUCUUAGCAACACCCUCCUACAGUCAAAGGGUUAAACACCGACUAUAUUGUACUGAAUAUGUAAAUUUCGUUUGUAGCAUCAAAUUGUAUUUCACAUUUCUAUAUACCUACUGUUAGAAUAUAAACGCUUGUUAAUUAUUUAAACAAUUAUCCUACCAGUGACCUAUCUGAUCCAUUAUAAUAUAUUCAUCUAUUCAGCCGUGCAUUAUAAUCUAUCCGUUAUCCGUUAAUAUAUAUAUUAAGUAAAUUUGCAUAUCUGAUUAUGUAUAUAACUUAUAUAACUACUGUUUAUAUUGUCUUUUUUCGGUAAUAUAUACGUCUCAUCAAAAAAAUCGAAACAGUUCGCAAGUACUGUUCAGGCGGACUGUUUCGAUUUUGUUGAUGAGAAGUAAAUUAUUCGGUAAUCAGCAGAAGAGUCAAACUUGACAUUACAAAACCGUUUCAAGCCUACUUGAAGCAAACGCACGAACUUUAAUUAACUUGAAAUUCACUUUGUAGAACACACUCGCUAUUCUAUAUUUCGCGAUCCUUCCUUCAAAGUAUUAAAGCCUCAUGUUAUGCCAAACAUAUUAUCUUAAAAUUUCAAUAAAAAAAUUCAACCGACUUCCAACUCAAAAAUUAACCUAAACUAAAAAGCAAAAAAUAACAUCUUACCUAUGUGCUACCUUCUGAUCAGUUUGAAGGCGGUGCCAAUCCAGUGUCAUGUUUUAAUUAAAGCCGUUUCUGAAAGAACCACAGAAAUUUAAAAAAAAUAGGAUUAAAUUAAAACAUCACUGGCUUGGCACCGCCUUCAAACUGAUCAGAAGGUAGCACAUAGGUAAGAUGUUAUUUUUUGCUUUUUAGUUUAGGUUAAUUUUUGAGUUGGAAGUCGGUUGAAUUUUUUUAUUGAAAUUUUUAUUUUUUAAUUUUUAGUGUUAGCACACCUACUGAGUGUGAACAAAAAUUAAUAAGCAAUUAGUUGAAACGUUAUUUUCUUAUGAUAAGUAUCUAAGUCCUACAAUCCCAAUUUUAAAAUAAUAAAAAUACUACCUUAACUCAUCUACAAAAUUUCUUUCCCCCUUUACACGUAAUAUGAAUAUUCAGAAAAACGUGAAAGGUGACUGUCCUCCGUCUUCAUCACCAGACCCCCUAUGCAGUCACAAUCUAUAUGGUUGGAAAGUUCUCAUCAAUACAAAAUUAUCAAAUCAAAACACAAGGUAGCUACUGUGAACCGUCGAGGAGUUCCCUUAACUAUCCUUCGUCUUCAUCACCAGACCCCUAAUACAGUCACAACCCAUCUAGGUGGAAAGUUCUCAUCAAUACAAAUUUAUCAAGUCCAAACACAAGGUAGCUACUGUGAACCGUUGAGGAGUUCUCUUAACUGUCCUUCGUCUUCAUCAUCAGACCCUUAAUACAGUCACAACCCAUCUAGGUGGAAAGUUCUCAUCAAUACAAAUUAAUCAAGCCCAAACAAAAGGUGACUGCUGUAAAUCGUUGACGAGUUCCAUCGUCUGUGUUUCGGCUCCAUCAUCAGACCAACUCCAGACCUUCAUAAAAGUGUAGUGGUUUAAAAUACCUUAUGGAAACACUAACAAACGCACUAGCCGUCGCUACAAUUUUCGAAAGUUUCCCUCGAUUUCUCCAGGAUGCCAUCAUCAGAUCCUGACAUGAAAAAAAUGGGACCACCCUGGAAUCAAACCCUUCAAAACAAAAAAAGUAUUUUCAAAAUCGGUCCACAAAUGACGGAAUUAUCGCUGGACAUACAUAAAAAAAAAAAAAAAAAAAACAUACAUACAGCCGAACGUAGAACCUCCUCCUUUUUGGAAGUCGGUUAAAAACCGAAACACUCAACAUUGCAGUCUUAAAAUAAUAACCGCUUCGUUGGAUAACGGAAAAAAUGCAGGAAGCGAAAAAUAUCAAUCGACUAUAAUAUGCUCCCGACCGACUUUUUUUUUUUUUUCGGUCACGGCGGCUAAUCUCAUGGUGAGAUUAGCCAUGUACGCAGGAGAUAUUAUAGUGCACAAGUGUAUGCGCAAGCACAGGUGCACUCUCUCUUCCCUCACUCUCGAAAUCCGAUGGGACGGCAGACCGACACGACCGGUGAGAGAUCAGGCGCAGGACCGACGGCUUUUACGUGCUCUCCGAGGCACGGGGGUGUACUAACACCGCCAACUUCCCAACUCCAGGCUGCUAUUAAGAUUUUCCUUGUAAGAAAAAUCCCAAUUAGUUUUUGUUGGCCUGACUCGGGAUUCGAACCCUGGACCUCAUUGUCCGUAGCUGAACUAGCUAACCACGGAACCAAUGAGGCAGUUAAAAUAAUCGACUAUAUAAGAUCCUCGAAAAACGCAGGAAAUAUAUUUCUGCGUAUUGAAUGCUAGUCGCUAUAGAGUUUCAACACGACAUCGCUCAGAACACAUCUAGGUAUUUGAAAAAGAAUGCGUUCUAUAAGAUUUAGUUGUAUUUUGUUAUCUUGGAGAGCCUUGAGAUGUGUAUUUACGAAUACUUACACAAUGUAUAUACAAAUGUUUUGUAAUACUCAUAUACAAAUAUUUACAUUUUUACGAGUACAAUUUCAAAAUGCAUUUUCAUCUUGAAUUUGUUAAUUUAUUUAUCUAAAUUCUUUGAAUACAAUAUUUAAUCCGUUUACAAUUAUGUACUUAAUAUGAUAUUUUAUCUGUUAUCUUUACUUGUUUUAUAUAGUUGUUAAAUUCAGCUACAUAAUUAAUAAAAGAGUUAAUUAGACACAAGUGUUUACUCGGCAAUGUAACCUACAUAAUAAUCGUCAGAUUGUAGCCGAAUUCAUGAUUUAUCUUUUCUAUACUAAUAUUAUACCUAUACCUAUAUUAUAAAGAGGAAAACUUUGUUUGUAUGUUUGUUUGUUUGAUUGUAAUGAAUAGGCUCAAAAACUACUGGACCGAUUUUAAAAAUUCUUUCACCAUUCGAAAGCUACAUUAUCCACAAGUAACAUAGGCUAAAUUUUAUUUUGGACAAAAAUAGGGUUCUAUAUGAUAUUUCGGUUUUUCGGACACAAGGUGUAAAAAAUCAACCAGAAAAGUAGGGUAGGGGUAGGCUAGGGAUAGGCUAGGGGUAGGGUAGGGGUAGGGUAAGGGUAGGAUAGGGGUAGUUGAAAGUUCACAUCGAGUUUCACGCGGACGAAGUCGCGGGCGUCGGCUAGUACUUUAUAAGAGGUUAUUCUUAGACACUGCAUUAAAAAGUCUACAUUCAUGGUAGUUGAUCUAGAAGGCGUAAUAAACUUCAACCUUAACAACGUACAUAAUAUGUAGGUCUAUACAUUCGAGGUUCUAUUUUCAUACAUGAAACCCAUUUCGCUGAAAAGGCACAAUGCUAAGCAAACAUCAGCUUUACUCCUAAUUACCUCUCAACGUAUGCGUUUCCCAAACAAUGUCCAAACUCUACAAUAGUUUUUGUUUAAACCCUAUCAACUAAAAAGUCUUCACUGGCUUCACAGAGCAACUUAACCACGACAUUCAUUCAGGCUUACAAAUCCUUAACAUUUAGGGGAUAAGGUCCACUUUUGUUGAGUUUCCUGUAUUUGUUAAGUUGUUGAGUAUAAUGCUUUGGCCAUAUGCACGGCCACGCGCUCCUUCAUCACCCUUAUCUGCAAUGUUCGGGGUCGAACCCACUGCCUAUCACACAAACACAGCCAACGUCGAUGCUAUCAAGACAUAUUGCUACAUGUGUGCGGAAUUAAAAAGUGUUUUCUAGCCAAUUCCCCCGAUUUAUUUACAGAUUUCAGAAUGGAAACGAAUUUACAAUUCACUGUAAUGUUAUACGUACCUAACUACUUGAAUUAUACUCGUAUAUUUUUAAUUUUCUCGUUAAGUUAAAGUAUGGAUGCGUUAUAUGAAAAGAGGUAUGUACAUAUCCCUGAUUUUUUCGUGGCAACUAUUUGACGAACAUUAUGUAAGUUUCAUUGGAGAGUAUAAUUUUGUGUCUAAUUAACUCUUUUAUUAAUUAUUUAAUAAAUAGUAGCUGAAUUUAAAAACAAUCAAAGUUGUUGUAGGUAGAUACUCUUACUUUAUAAUAUAACUAGCUGACGCCGCGCGGAUUAGCCCACGUGGUUCCCGUUCCCGUAGGAAAACGGGGAUAAUAUAUACAUAUAGCCUUCCUCGAUAAAUGGGCUAUCUAACACUAAAAGAAUUUUUAAAAUCGGACCAGUAGUCCCUGAGACUUGCGCGUUCAAUCAAUCCAACAAACAAACAAACUCUUUAGCUUUAUAUAUUAAGUAUAUAGUAUAGAUUAGUAUAGAUAUAGAUUAAAGAUAAUAAAUAAGUUAAUAUCAUAUGAAGUAAAUAAUUGUAAACGGAUUAAUAUUGUAUUCAAAGGAUUUAGAUAACGAAAUUAACAAUCUCAAGAUGUAUUUUUAUUUAUAUAAUGCAUUUUGAAAUACUACUUUUUUAAAAAUGUAAAUACUUAUUAGUAAAUUACAAAACAUUUGUAUGUAGAUUAUGUAAGUUUUCAUAAAUUCGUACCAUUUCAAGGCUUUUCAAGAUAACAUGAUUUACUUACAACAAAUACAACAAAUACGCAUCGUACGUAUCGGACCCGUCGCAUCAAACGGAUUUUUAAUUAUUACGGUAGAUAAAUCCAUUUGAUGCGGAUCAGCGGACGCUGUUGUAUGACUUUAUAUACAAAGAAUACUAAAAUCCGUUUGAUGCUAUGCGUCCAAUGCGUACGAUGCGGAUUUGUGGACGCCUGUCAUUGCCUGGCUGUUUGUUAUGUUGCCACGUUAGCAUACCACGGACUUAGCCAUGAUCGAAGCCACCAUCGGAGCCUAUUUAGAAAGUAUAAGUUACCUGAUGUGAAAUCAAACCCCGAACCUUUUUAAUUUGAAUUACGGCAUUAUGAGAAUAAUACAAUUUAAUAGCUUCUAACACUUGUUAAAAACAACAGAAUUAUCUACGCCUACUUGAAAAAAUGUUUUUUUUUUUUUUUAAUUUAUUUUAUUAAUUAUAAUUAUUUUAUUAAAUAUAUUAUUAAUUAAAUUUAAUUUAAAACAUUCCUAUAUUACGAAAAUAACACAAAAAGGACUAUAUGAUUAUAAAAACCAUUUGAUCUUUUUUUAAAGAAAUAAUGUAAUGCAGUAAAAUUAGUAUUUUCAAGUGUAGACGAGAUAAAUCUUCUUUUUUAUCAAUUUUUGUGAUAAAAUAUGAUAUGAACGUCAGUACUCAAGAUUAUGCUCAGUUUCUUUGUGCACAUCUCUUUGAAACACGUGUUAUGACAACGCUAGACAAUACAAAACAAAGUGGUCGAUUAGUUCGACAAAAACUAAAGAAAUCACUCAGAAAUGCCUGCAGUGUCAAAUCAGCGAAGAAAAGAUUACCGAUACUAGAAUGGCUCCCAAAGUACAGCGGUGCUAUACUGGUUCAAGACUUAAUAGCAGGAAUUACUGUUGGAUUGACAGCCAUACCCCAAGGCAUAGCCUACGCUAUUAUUGCCGGAUUAUCUCCUGAAUAUGGCCUUUACGCUGGUCUCAUGGGAGGGUUUGUAUACCUGUUUGUCGGAAGCUGCAAAGAUAUAACAAUUGGACCCACAGCAAUCAUGGCGGCCAUGACUUCGAAAUAUGUAUCAGGCUAUUCAGCAGAUUUUGCAGUUUUAGUAGCUUUCCUCUCAGGGGUACUAGUGCUUUUGAUGGGGAUAUUUAACCUUGGAUUUUUAGUGGAAUUCAUAUCGCAACCUGUGAUCAGUGGAUUCACUACCGCAGCUGCUUUGCAAAUAGCAGCUGCACAGCUCAAGGGUUUGUUCGGUCUUAGUGGAUCUGGAGGUAACUAUUUCGCUGAAUCUGUUGUUAAUUUCUAUCACAACUUCCUGACCAUUAAACUAUGGGAUACGAUAUUAGGAUUCACUACAGUUAUAAUAUUGCUUCUGUUAAAACGCCUCGGAGAUGGAUGUAAACGAACAGAUGGAUUUGUGAAACAAACUAGAUGGUUUAUAUCUCUCGGCCGGAAUGCUGUAGUCGUUAUCAUCGGCAUUAUUGUUGCUUAUAUAUUGAAAGUAGUAACAGAUUCCGAGCCUUUGAUAUUAAUAGGAGAUAUUGGUAGCGGUUUGCCUAAAUUCCAAUUGCCACCAUUCACUACUCAAGUUGGGAACGACACGUAUAGUUUUGUUGACAUGGCUAAUGUAUUGGGACCUGAAGCAAUCAUCAUACCAAUGGUAUCUAUUUUGGAGUUAAUCGCCAUCGCUAAAGCCUUUGCUGGAGGUGCACCAAUAAAUGCAACCCAGGAAUUGAUUGCACUUGGACUAUGCAAUAUUAUUGGAUCAUUUGCAAGAAGUAUGCCAGUUACGGGAUCAUUUACACGUACUGCUUUGAACUAUGCUUCUGGAGUACAAACUCAAGCUGGAGGAAUUUUUACUGGUGUACUUAUAAUAUUGGCUUUAAGUCUACUAACAUCAACAUUUUACUAUAUACCGAAAGCUUCAUUAGCAGGUUUGAUAAUGACUGCCAUGUUUUACAUGGUAGAUUUUAUGAUAAUAAAAAGAUUAUGGAUCAAUAGUAAGAAAGAACUGUUCAUUCUACUAGCCACAAUAAUUAUAUGUUUGCUUAAAGGUCUUGAAUAUGGAAUUGUAGCAGGAAUUUUGAUUGACGCCGUCAUAUUGUUAUAUACUACUGCAAAACCAACGAUAGAAGUAAACAUCUUAAGAGACGAAAAGGGAAUUAUGAUUGUGCUGAUUUUGCCAGAAAGCUUACCAUAUUGUUCAGCAGAUUAUACUAGACGAAAGAUAUUGAAAGCAUCAUUUGAAGGUGAAUUAGAUACUCUGAUGAUCAUUGAUGGGACUAACCUUAGAGAUAUGGAUACGACCGUGGCGUCAAACAUUAUAACAGCUGUCAAAGACUUAGAUAAGAAAUCUCGAAGGAUUGCACUCCUUAACUUUGACAGUUGUUUAAAGAAGAUGUGUACAGAUAUUAAUUCUAAUGUUAGUGAUAAAUUCGUAAAUGCUGGAAGUGCAGAUAGUUUGUUAGAAGUAUCCACUAGAAGUGCUUAGUGAAAUAAAAAGACAGAAAGAGUAAUUGGUAGUUAUUUCAUUGUAAUGCAUGAAAUGGGUGGUGUGGAUAUUUAGCUUUAUUCCAAAGGUUGAACAUACCAAUACAUUAUAUUUUUAUAAUGUCAUAUAAAGAUAUAAAAUAAUCGUGUCUUGUCCUUGUUAUACAUGUGUUUUAUUAUUAUUGUAAUUAUACUUAAGCUACGUGUAAUUUCUUUUAAUUACUUCGAUUCGUUCUACAUUUAUAUCCUCAAACUUAUCAACCUACAAUAACAAAGUUUUAUAGUAUAUCAUCGAUUCAUUUACUAAACUGGUAGUGAUCAUAAGUUUUUUAGCAUCAACUUGCGUAGUUACAAACACGACAAUAUAAUUUAAUCAAACAGUUUUCGAAAUGUCAAGUUAACAUCUGUUACAAAGCUUUAAAGACAAAAUCAAUAAUUUGUUAGGUAAAAGGGCAAUUGGCGACAAAUCUCGCCUACACGUAAAACGUCCAAUAUAAUCGAUUCAGCCCAAAAGACUGGGGACAGGCUUAUCGUAAAUUCGUGAUCCCCUCAAUAUUUCUAUUGCCCCGUUGAACGCGUCAAAGAGGGGUGUCAUUCGGUUUCCUGAAAUUUAUUAACGUGAUUCAGCACUUCUGAAGGUGGCAGAAGCGGCAGAUUUAUGUUCUUAUCGCAUCAACUAAGUGCGUGUAUAGAUUUUCGUUUAGCGACACCUCUGAUAAUUCUGUCACGAGCUCUAUUAGAUAUACUCUAUUAGAUAUUUUUAUCAAAUAAAUAGAUUAUUAUUUCUUUUUUAUCUUGUUUGGUUAUCACUUUGUUUUAGAGGACACUUCAUUUUAAAUUAUUUUCUUUUAUUUCAACAACUUUAGUAACUUUAAAAAUUGCCUAACUUGAUAUCUAAAGUUAUUUUAUGUCAACAAAUUUUAUAAUAUUAGAAAUUAAUCGGAAUAUUUUGGUCGAUCUAAACAAAACUAAGACUCUGAAAUAAUAAAAAUAAAGUAUGUUUUAUAUCACGACUCAAUUGAUAAAUCGUACGCAUUACUUCCACACUGCCAGUAGCGUAUCUGUGUUCAUAUUAACUAUCAUAUACACACGUCACAAUAUUUCUACACCGAAUAGUUUUCACUCUAUUUCGGUUUAUUUUUAACCACUUUAUUUGCACAAUACAAUAUAUAAUGGUUAAAUUAUAAAUUGUAAUCAUUGAUCGAGUAUUUUUCGCUAGAAAAACAUAUUCUUAAGAGAAAUAGUAACUGCUUAGAAUUCACUCACAUUAUGUAGAUAAGGAUUUGUAUCGAAUAAUAUAAAAUUCUGAAAGUUUUAGCAACGCUCGCUCGUAUGUAAUUCCACAAAAGCUUGGAUUUCAUCUGGGAGUAAACGUUUCAUUUAUUUCUUUUAUUUUAUGGCUAUUACCAUAGUUAAUUAUUAUUAAAAAAGAAAUCUUCUUUAUGAUUUUGUACACUUGAUUCAUAUUCAACUUUAUCUGCCCUGCCAAGGUAUGGCAAUGACACGUCAAAUCACGCGGAAAUAAUGGUUGAAUGAACACGCCGUUAUUGUCCCUAAACCAGCUGAUCCUGACCUUCCCACCCCUCAGAAUCUUCCUUAUUACCAUAACCGUUAUAUUCGAUUUGCGAAAAUGCAGAGGUUUUGUAUUAUUGGUCAUCCAGUACACGAGUGGAGACACCUCCCUGGACCUUUUUUGUGUAAAAUUUCAGGUUCUGAAUAGGGAAUAGUUUCCAGAUGAUUACCUUCGACGUUACGUACUGAUUUGUUGUAUGGGAAUAUGUCAUCCGUUAGCGGAAAAAUAUUGUUCAUCGGUGGUUCAUAUUUUGGGGAUUUUGCAAAAUUCUGAAGGCAUCUAAUAAUUUAUUGUAACUGAUAGUAUUAUCAACCAACAUUCGGCUCACUGCUGAGCUCAAGUGUCCUCUCAGAAUGAGAGGGGUUAGGUCAAUAGUCCACCAUGCUGGCCCAAUGCGUAUUGGCAGACUUCACACACGCAGAGAAUGAAGAUAAUUCUCUGGUAUGCAGGUUUCCUCACGAUGUUUUCCUUCACCGAUUGAGACACGUGAUAUUUAAUUUCUUAAAAUGCACACAACUGAAAAGUGAGUUGUGUGCAUUUUAAGAAUUGUGUGUGAAGUCUGCCAAUCCGCAUUGGGCCAGCGUGGUGGACUAUUGGCCUAACCCCUCUCAUUCUGAGAGGAGACUCGAGCUCAGCAGUGAGCCGAAUAUGGGUUGAUGACGACACAACUCAAAAGUUGGAGGUUCAUGCCCCGGACCGGAUUCGAACCCAUACCCUCUGGAAUCGGAGGCAGAGGUAUCCACUGGGUUAUCACGGCUCGGAUAAUAGUAUUGCUGUGAUAUAAAAACUAUCGGAAUAUACGUAUAACGUGGAAUAGACUAAAUUCCACUUCUGAUUAUCGAAGGUAUACUAAAUCACACGGGCUAUCCUGGGCGUAUAUCCUGGUCAAGUUUCUAAUGCCACAGUUUAUGUUCCAUCUUCGUAAAUUGCCCAAAUUAUAAAUUAUAAGUGUAAUGAAUAUUUAAAGCCUCAUUUCAUGGAAAGAUGUUAAACCUGAAGGUGUUGUUAAAUUAAAGUGUGUGGUAACUGUCAACAGCAAUUCAAAUUUGACUAUGAUGCGUCAAAUAAGAACAAAUUAUUAUCAAAUAUUAACCUGUGUUUAAUUAACAGUUGCAUUUAUAAAAUUAGUCAGGAGAUUAGUCAGGACCUUGCAUAUGUUGAUUCUUUAUUAUUUUUAUCACAUCAAAAAUAUUGUGUUAUCAAGUGACAUAAUACUCAUAACAUUAAAACAAUAAAAUAACUCACGGUUUCCGAACAUAAAUAAUAAUUCCGAUAGAAUACUUCAAGAUUCCGGACUUAAAUCCUAUAUUUCUUGAAUUGGACUAAAGUUAUUUAGUUAAUUUAUACUUUGAAAAUAAGGUGAUAAAAACUAUAUAGAUUGAAAUAUCUUUCAUGUAAUAAAUUCAGUGACAGGCGUAAGGUUAUCCAACUUAUCAGUUAUAAUAUGAGCCUGCUGUUGUAAUUUAACUUUAAUAAUUUAGAAUUUCAAAACUAAAUAUUAGAAACAACAAUCAACAACUAUUAAUCUCAGCUUAACGUUAAACACAACUUAAACAGCUGCAUAAUAGUGGUCACAUCUACAACAAAUACCUGUUAUCUAUCAAACAGAUACGUUCCCUUUUAAUUUUCCAUCCGACUAACCAUUAUUUCAUUAGUGUUAAAAUUUAAAUUGGCAUGUUCGUGCGGUGAAUUUAAUUUGUAAAUCUCAUGCUGGUGUUGCAAAUUUAUAUCUUCAUCUAUAUCAGCAUCUAUUGUUUUAGAUUUAGGGUUGAAAUCACAAUGUAUUGGGGUUUGAAAAUCGUGGCAAAGUUUAGGGUCACUUGGCCCUUGUCAAGUUAGUCUUGCAGCAGACAAAAGUAAUGAAAUACUGGGCAAAUGAGCCGUGCAUAGUUGUCAAAAGCAACGUGUAAUUCAUUUGGGAGCUUGUUAGGAUAUACGGGUUUGUUUGGAAUUUUGCCCAUAGCUUUGUUAUAUUAUUAAAUACUCGUAUCUCGUAUCAAUAGAUAUGUCAUGGUUUUUCUUUUUGUGUGGUAUUUCCAAAUAAAGAGUUACUAGCAGA